AUCUACCGUCGGUUGGUAAAGAAAGCUUAUAUGAACUGGAGUUGUGUUUUAUCACUUGAUUUUACUUUACUUGCGGUCUCAACGUAAUUGUAUUGCAUUUUGGUACAUAUAUGCAAAUAGAAACUAAAGCUGCAAAACUAUUCGCGGCACAAUUACGAAAAGUCGUUUAACAGCAAUAGCACUCCAACACGAGCUUGUAUUAUACAUGUGGACUAUCGGGAACUUUUUGAAUUUUGCCAAACGAAAAUCAGCACAAAGCAACAAACGCAAUGAAAUGAAAUUGAACUGGCUAAGGGAAUACUUGGCCAACAUUAUAAACGCUAGUCGAAUAUACAAGACUAUUACACUCCCAUUCGCCGAAGUACGCCUGGAACAGUUCACCCCUCAAGCUAUCUAUUGCCGCAUCAAGUCCACAUCGGCCGAAGCACUGGAGCAUAUACUGAUUGCAUGUGCGGUAUACUUUCUAGUAUGCCUAGGCCUAUACAAGUUGACCCUAUGGCUGUCGGUGUCAGGCGUGACAGGCGCAAAUCAGAACCAGCAGGAGAAUCAUCUGCAACAGCACGAUGGCACCGGAGACAACACAGCGAAAGGGUUGCGAAAUACCCUACAAAGAGGUCUACGAUUACGUAGCGUUCAUCUGCCCAAUGCUGCGUUAAUGGGUCGAGUACUUUUGGUCAUCGCACACCCGGAUGACGAAUGCAUGUUUUUUGGUCCGCUGAUCUACUCGCUGACGCAGCGUGAUGGCUGUCAGGUGUACGUGUUAUGCCUGUCGAAUGGCAACUACGAGCAACAGGCGCAGUCGCGUCGAGAGGAGCUAUUUCGGGCCUGUAAACGUCUUGGCAUUGCUGAAUCGAAUGUUAUAUUGGUGAACGCCACCAAUUUGCCAGAUGAUCCGAAUGUUGAAUGGCGACCGGAUGCGGUUGCCAGCUUUAUAUUGCAUACCGUUGAGAGUCUUGAUAUAAAAGCGAUAUUCACCUUCGAUCGCGAUGGGGUCAGCUCGCAUCCCAAUCAUUGUGCUGUGUAUUAUGCGGCCGCCUCUUUGUGUUUAGCCAAUUUAUUGCCUAAGGCCUGUAAGUUUUAUACGCUAGACUCGAUAAAUUUAGUGCGAAAAUAUUUAUCCGUCUUCGAUUUUCUGUGCACAUGCUUCAUGUCCACGCAUUGGUGUGUACUCAGCUGGAAAGAGGCAUCAGUGGUCAGAAGCGCUAUGAUGGAGCAUCGGUCUCAAAUGAAAUGGUUCCGUUGGCUAUAUAUCUACACAUCGCGCUACAUGUAUAUCAAUUCGAUGCGCGAAAUAAAUCUCUCGGAUGUCGAGCUGGAAAUGCAAAUUCAUGAUAAUUAGAAAUUGAGCCGGGUACAGCAAAUUUGCGAAUAUUACUUUUUGCAAACAAGUUUAAUGAAUGUAAUGUGAAGAAAUGAAAAAACACCAAAAGACAAACUACCUUCAUAAAUGAAUGCUUGGCCGCAGCGUCGAGAUUAGCUACUUUUUUGAAACUGACGAUUCUAUACUAUAAUUAUAUAUAUAUAUUUGUUAUCAUAACUUA